GCCCUACUAAAAGUAAAACCCCAUCAAAAUAUUCCUUCGUGUGUUGAAAGCUAAAAUCCCUCAUCUCCAGAAAAAUCUGCAAAGCGCGAUUAAAACUUAGAAGCACACACCUGCAUUCUCACUCAUCAUCUCUUUCAUUGUUGCUCUAAUUCAAUAAAGGUUCUUAGUUAUGGGAAAGGGGGACGCGAAGAAAAAGGAGCCUGCUGGAAAAGGUAAGGGAAAACAAGCAGCCGGUGCCAGCGACGAGGGUGCUAAGGAUAAGGGCGCUUCAAAGGGUGGAAAGGGAGACAAGCUUGGAACUUGCAAUUUUGUUAAAGCUAGGCAUAUAUUAUGUGAGAAACAAGGGAAAAUUACUGAGGUAUACCAGAAACUACAAGAAGGCUGGCUUGACAGUGGGGAUAAGGUUCCGCCAGCUGAGUUUGGAAAGUUGGCAAUGCAAUACUCGGAAUGUCCUUCUGGCAAAAGGGGCGGGGAUCUAGGAUGGUUUCCACGAGGAAAGAUGGCCGGCCCAUUUCAGGAGGUUGCUUUCAGCACUGCUAUAGGAGCCACAAGUCCAGCAUUCAAAUCUACGCAUGGUUACCACAUAGUAUUGUGCGAAGGUCGGAGGGGCUAAUAGAAGUUGACAACGUUACUUAUAUCCAUCUAAAAAUGAAAGAUUGUGCUGCUGGGAAUAAGUAAUUACCGUAUUUUCAGAUGCUCUAUGAUAAGACUAUGGAUGUUUGUAGCUGGAUAUCUGCGUGUUCAAGUAACACUGACCUGUGAUAUACUUCAUUUUUCUCCUUCUAAUACAUAUUACAACUCUGUUUUGCUGAUUUAA